GUGCGGCGCCGCGUAGGGCUGGAGAGCUGGCGGCCAAGCGGGCCGGCUAGGGGGUGACGGGGACGGGAGCCGCGACCGUGGGUGCAGGGCCGGCGUCUGCAGGGCUGCAGCCUAGUGAGCCCGGCCCCUGUCGAGCCCGGGACUGGGUUCGAGCCCUGCAGCUCCGCGACACCAAAGAGGAGGCGGCUGUGGCGACAGCAGCGGCCCCAGCCAUGCUGUGCUAUGUGACGAGGCCGGACGCGGUGCUGAUGGAGGUGGAGGUGGAGGCGAAAGCCAACGGCGAGGACUGUCUCAACCAGGUGUGCAGGCGAUUGGGAAUCAUAGAAGUUGAUUAUUUUGGACUGCAGUUUACGGGUAGCAAAGGUGAAAGUUUAUGGCUAAAUCUGAGAAACCGGAUCUCCCAGCAGAUGGAUGGGCUAGCGCCCUACCGGCUUAAGCUGAGAGUCAAGUUCUUCGUGGAACCUCAUCUCAUCUUACAGGAGCAGACGAGGCACAUCUUUUUUCUGCACAUCAAGGAGUCCCUCUUGGCAGGCCACCUCCAGUGUUCCCCAGAGCAAGCAGUGGAACUCAGUGCCCUCCUGGCCCAGACCAAGUUUGGGGACUAUAACCAGAACACUGCCAAGUAUAACUACGAGGAGCUGUGUGCAAAGGAGCUUUCCAGUGCUGCCUUGAACAGCAUUGUCGCGAAGCACAGGGAGCUGGAGGGGACCAGCCAGGCUUCGGCCGAGUACCAGGUUCUGCAGAUCGUGUCUGCCAUGGAGAACUACGGCAUAGAGUGGCACACCGUGAGGGACAGCGAAGGGCAGAAGCUGCUCAUCGGGGUCGGGCCCGAGGGCAUCUCGGUCUGCAAGGAGGACUUCAGCCCCAUUAAUAGGAUAGCUUACCCUGUGGUGCAGAUGGCUACCCAGUCAGGGAAGAACGUGUACUUGACGGUCACCAAGGAGUCUGGGAACAGCAUCGUGCUCCUGUUUAAAAUGAUCAGCACCAGGGCGGCCAGCGGGCUCUACCGAGCGAUCACCGAGACACACGCGUUCUACAGGUGUGACACAGUGACCAGUGCCGUCAUGAUGCAGUACAGCCGUGACUUGAAGGGCCACUUGGCAUCUCUGUUUCUGAAUGAAAACAUCAACCUUGGCAAGAAGUACGUCUUCGACAUUAAGAGAACGUCGAAGGAGGUGUACGACCACGCCCGGAGGGCUCUGUACAACGCCGGCGUGGUGGACCUCAUUCCCCGGGGCGACCAGAGCCCCCCCAGCUCUCCCCUGAAGUCCUCUGACAGCAGCAUGAACUGCAGCAGCUGCGAGGGCUUCGGCUGCCAGCAGACCCGGGCGCUGCAGGAGAAGCUGCGCAAGCUGAGGGAAGCCAUGCUGUGCAUGGUGUGCUGCGCGGAGGACAUCAACUCCACCUUCUGCCCCUGCGGCCACACUGUGUGCUGUGAGAGCUGUGCCGCCCAGCUGCAGUCGUGCCCGGUCUGCAGGUCCCGCGUGGAGCACGUGCAGCACGUCUACCUGCCCACGCACACCAGCCUGCUCAACCUCACCGUCAUCUAACCGUCCUGCGUCCGGACACGCCGCAUUUCCACAGACUGACCCAUGUGAAGGCGAGAGCGGUGACGUGGAGAAAUCCACUCCCAGACUCCCCGCCACGCGACAUUUAGAAACAGAAAAGAGAAGAAAAGCGAGGACAUCUACAGGCAGAGCCAACACCCCAGCCGCGGACACAUCCCUGGUCUUGUUUUUUUUAUGAUCAAGCAAAGGGAUAGAUGGAGUCUUCGGUGUCAGUAAGUGGCAGCGUGGCCAAGAAGUGGGGACCUUUUGGCAAAUGACCUCCUAAGUCUCCGCGACGUGUCCUGAGGCGAGGUCCCACCUUGCAGCAGGUUUUGUGAGAAUUAGUUUUACAAAGUCACUUGGUUCUUUUUGUAAGGUCAUGGAGCGCGGAACAUUUUUAGUAGGAAAAUUUUUCUUAAGUAGUUGUCAUUAUCAUGUCAUUUCUGUUUUUACAACUUGUUCAAGAAUGACUGGAAUGCAGGCAGGCUUCAGAGUCCUUCCUGUGACUCUCGACAGUUGGGCUUCAGUGGUACCAGCAGUGGGCAGGCGGUGUCCACCGUUCCCGUCCCUGCCCGCUGUGCCAGCCUGUGGUUGUCAGAUGCCACCAGUUUGGGUAAAGGUCUGUGACUAGCCAGGCUCCCUGGGCUCCGCUUGGUGGACGCGCUUAGACUGGGGAGGGAGAGCACUGCCCUGGAAGGGCCAGCCUCGCGCCCCGAAACCGGAGCCCCGGCACCCAGAGGGCUGGUCUUCACUCCUGGGCACCGGGCUCCAUUCCCACCCGGGCGUCACUUUGCUGCCACCGUCUGAGGUCUCAGCCUUCCCACAGGUUGCCAGUUGCUGCCUCCUUGUGUGCGGUUCGGUGGGCUUUUGGUUUUGUUCUUUGGUUUGCGUAUGUGCUUUUUAAAUAAGUGCUUAGAUUUUCUUUGGGUUGACCCCUCCACAGGGUUCUUUGGUUCUCUGUUCUUAGACAUGUUUUCCACUCCCACUUGGGCAUUUUGGAAGCUGGUCAGCUAGCAGGUUUUCUAGGGUGUCAGGAAACCUAGAUGACCUUAUCGGGUGCAAUACUAGCUGAGUUGAAGCUAGGAACUACACUGUCACUUUACUGAGAUUUCUGAGUAUACUUUUCAUAUUGCCUUAAUGUAGCAGUAAUGUGUUUAUGCAUUUGUUUCUUUGCACAGACAUUUUGUCAAAUAUUAAAACUCUACUUUUUUAUGGCACAUAUUAGCAUUAUAAGCCUUUAUUCCAAGAGGUAUUUAUUUUUUCACUUGUAAAAAAAAAAUAAUGUUUCCACAUAAAGAACUCUGUUAUAUCCUAGAGGACUUCCGUCUUUUAUAUUCAGGAUAAUAAAGAAUUUAAAG